AGCUCUAGCUAACUGUUCUGUUACUUCGCAAAACAAAAAGUGUAAUGGCAACGCACAGCCCCCGUGCGUGCGUGUGUGUGUACUCGCGGGAAUCAAAAUGCAUUCGAAAAAGGGGACGAACCCGAACGCGCUAAGCAGAACCACGGACGCCAUCCACCUCACGUUAAACUUACGCAUCUCAAAGCCGGGAUAUUUGUCCGCAGGAAAGUUAACCUUCCCUUCUCUUCUCUCCCAACUCCAAACUCUGUCCUUUUUAUUAGUGGCGGAAAAGGGAAAGGCGGCCUUACUUUUUCUCUUUCUAUUUCUCCACUCACCUUUCAUUCUCCUGAGAAAAUUUUAGCUACAUUUUCCUUUCGAUUUUCUCUCCUUUUCCUUCUCUUGAAAAUGGCUACCCAAACAAGCACUUCUCCGUAAACAUAUAUUCUCUCUUCUAUUCCUCUUUCCAAUCGCUUUUUCGUUAUGGAUUUGUUUAAUUUUGAUAACUUCAAAUCUAAGAAACCAGGCGCUAGACGAUGGUGCAAUUACCUUCCAAGCUUACCAAAAUUGUUCCGAUUACUUGAGUUUUGCCUUGCUCUGGUGCUUCUCUCAUGGACUUUCAAUAGGCUUCCAUUUGCCGUUAGAAUUUGCAGCGAGUUCUUCAUGAGAAUUGCUGGAGUCAUUGCUAGCCCAAUCUUCGUUUUCUUGCUCUGCAACGCUAUUAUCGCUACUCUCAUUGUCAAAUCUGGCAGAUUCUCCGGCGAGAAUCCCGCUGCAGACAAUGCUGAGACUGAGCUUUACGAUGAAUUGUUAAAAAACAACGAAGAUUGUUAUUCCAAGUCAUUUUCAGAGAAUCCUUCUUCCCCUCCUCAUCCCCCGUCUCACGCAACCGAGGAGAUUGAGUGCCAGGACAAGGAGAUAAUCUCUCAAGUUAACGCUAUCACUCAAACAGGCGAAGAUGAUGACGAUGUUGUUGAAAUGGACUUGUAUUCGUUUUCGGAUUCACAUUUGGAAACGGAUUCUGGCAAUCCGAGAGUUUGUCGAAGGUCAAAAUCGGAGAAGCUACGGAAAAAGUGCGCGGAGAAGGUGAAAGCGAAGAAGCUGCGGCGAUCGGAGACUGAGAAGUGCAUGAAUGCGGUGAAGUUCACCGACUGCGAGAGUUUUUGUCCAGAGAAUGAAUUAAGUGACGGGGACUUUCAGCGCGCGGUAGACGAGUUCAUUGCCAAGCAUUUGAGGUUUCGUCGCCAAGAGUCUUUGGCCGUUGUUCAUCAUAAUCAGCGCUCAGUCGCCGAAAUUGAGAAAAAAAUGAAAAAUUAAAAUUAAAAACUGCGAGUACUGCUUUUUCUAUCCCCAUCACCGGUACAGAUAAUUUCACAAAAAAAAAAAAAAGUAUAAACCGUGGUUUUGUUUUGUUUUCCUGAGGUGAUGAAUAUGAUGAAAAUUGAACAUGGAAUAUCUGAGCCGUCUGUUUUGGGAUAAAUGAUAUGCUAAUGCUGUUGUUGGUUGAUUGUGACAUAGUGGAAAUGGCAAUCUAGGAUUGCAAUUUAUAAUAGCUCCUAUAAUCCUGUUUUA